AUGGACACCGCAUAUAAUCCCGACCACGACCCGUUCGAAAAUGAUGACAUGGACAGCAAAUGUGCCAAAGACAAGCACAUCCGCUUGUACGCACACGACGGCAAGUGCUACAAUCACGCUGUCAUCGCGAAGGGUCCCUCUGUAGCGGAAAGCGACAUUUCAUCGGUACCCGUCGACGUCCAGCAUCCCCUCUCCACCGAGACCACAGCAAACGCGCAGCCGGAGAGUGAUAUCAAGAUGCUUGAGACUCUUCAUUCGGCGUCAUAUAUCGAGGGUAAGACACGAGCAAAGGGCACUAGUAGAAUUAUAUCGCUAGAGCAGCCUCCAUGGCGCACAAGCCUUCCCCCACGGAAGCCGGAGCAUGACUACGGUGUCACAAAAGAAGGCGUAUCACUUCACGGCAGACUGUCGCCCUGGCUCUACCUUUGCGAUCACACCUGCGACCUGGGCUUAUGCGACAUCACCUUCCGCCUAACUUAUGCUUGUCCGCUUGGUCGGGCCUGUCGCUGGAAGCACGAGAUCCUGUGGGACGAGCUGAGCUUCCUCAUCACUAGCGGUCGCCUCAAUCUCCAUCGAGCUCGUACCAUGCUCGCCAACUGGGAAUCGACUACGACGCCGGCUGAUGACGUUGACGUUUGGUGCCGCAUGAACACCAUCAUCGACCGUCUACAGUAUCUCGAGGCGCCAGCUGUGAUUAAAUACACAUAUCCGUAUCUGUUCCCCGUCCGCGACUCUCACGCUCUCUUCGAGAGACUGAGCGACUGA